GCACAGGGAUUGUAUUUGAGGAGUUUCUGCCUAUGAAGCGAGAACCUCGUGCAUACAACUCAAACCCAUAUACCAAAUGUUUCAUAAAAAAACAAUCAAAUCCAACCCCAACGGUCGCAUUGGCUGUCGUAAGAUUAUACCGCGGCCGUUGGAUCAUCAAACGUGUCUUCGCCGUUGUUGACAGAGUAAAAUACUGCUUUUUUUUACAGAGAGAAUCUUUGUGAGACAACAACCCUGACACAUUCAUUAUCUUCCAUUUCUAGUGAGAGAAAAUAGUUCAAACAAAGUUUGAUUUUUUAUUUGAAUUGUUGUGUGUGUGUGAACUGAAACUGUGAAUGUUUCAUCUUACACUUCUUAUCUUGUCGUUUUGUACUGAAGUGUGAAGCUCGUUUAAUUCUUAGCUCUAUGCGGAAGAUUCUUCUGAUUUUUUCAAUAUUAUUUUUAUGUUUGAAAAAAGUUUUUUUUUUUUUAGGAGAAUGUUAACAUGUGCAUAUAUGGCACAUGUUAAGGUAGUAAAAAUAGAAAUUAUACCUUAGAAUUUGUGCAUUUUUAACUUUUCAAGCAUUAAAUGUCUUAUAUCAUUAAAUAUUAAAUUUCUAUAUUAAGAUAUUUUAUCAUGUGCCCUAUAUGCACAUGUUAACAAGACCCUUUUUUUUAUUAUGUGCAUUUUGUGUCUGUUUCUCCAUUAAUAAGCAGACACCAUUUAUGGUUUUUUUCUGAUUUUGAGAAAACUGUUUCUGGGUCUUUGUCUUGGUGACUUUGGAACAUGAAAGACACGUUUUUGCUUAGGAUCAGUAUGUGUUGUCUUCAUUCAUUAUUCUAGAAGCAUUCCAUAACUUUUAUUAGAGAGAGAGAGAGAGAGAGAGAGAGAGAGAGAGAGAGAGAGAACUGUGAAGUUUGAAGAUCAAGCCAAACUGGGUUGCUUUUCAGUUGCUGGUUCUUUAAGAUCAUGGUGGAAGAUGCUGUUGCAGUUGAUGCAAGUUGUUCAACAGAAGAUUGGUUGUUACAUGCAAAGGAACUUGUUCCUAUUGCUCUUGAUAAAGCAAGAGAGGUUAAAGGUUUUCCUACUAGAUGGAAAAUGAUCAUUUCUAGAUUAGAACAGAUUCCAUCCAUGUUAUCAAAUUUAUCAAGCCAUCCAUGUUUCUCAAAGAAUGCUCUUUGCAAGGAGCAAUUGCAGGCUGUGUCCAAUUCCCUCAGAGAUGCGAUCAAAUCAGCUGAAUUGUGUUUGAAGGAGAAAUAUGAAGGUAAGCUUCAGAUGCAGAGUGAUCUGGAUGCAUUAAUCGGGAAAAUGGAUUUGAAUUUACGAGACUGUGGACUUUUGAUCAAAACUGGUAUGCUCGGCGAGGCUACUUUGCCGUUGACAGUGGCAUCUGUGUCAGGUUCUGUGGAACAAUCAGAUUCUGCAGCACACAACAACAUAAGGGAGUUGCUCGCGCGCCUUCAGAUCGGUCACUUAGAAGCGAAACACAAAGCUUUGGACAGUGUUGUUGAAGUUAUGAAAGAGGAUGAGAAGAAUGUUUUGGCUGUUAUGAGUAGGAGUAAUAUUGCUGCACUGGUUCAAUUGCUUACAGCAACAUCAACAAGGAUAAGAGAGAAAACAGUUACUGUUAUAUGCUCGCUUGCCGAAUCAGGUAGCUGCGAGGAUUGGUUAGUUUCUGAAGGUGUUCUUCCAGCUCUUAUAAGACUUGUUGAAUCAGGAAGUGCUGUAGGUAAAGAAAAGGCUGCGAUAUCGCUUCAGAGGUUAUCAAUGUCAGCUGAAACAUCGCGUGAAAUAGUCGGACAUGGUGGCGUGUGUCCGCUUGUUGAGCUUUGUCAAACCGGCGAUUCCGUUUCGCAGGCUGCAGCAGCUUGUUCAUUGAAGAAUAUUUCAGCUGUUCCUGAGGUGAGACAGGUUUUGGCUGAACAAGGGAUUGUUAGGGUUAUGAUCAAUCUGUUAACUUGUGGAAUGUUGUUAGGUUCCAAAGAAUAUGCAGCAGAAUGUUUGCAGAAUCUCACUGCAAGCAAUGAGAGUCUAAAAAGAAGUGUUGUAUCCGAAGGCGGUGUUAGGAGUCUUUUAGCUUAUCUUGAUGGUCCACUUCCUCAAGAAUCCGCGGUCGCGGCGUUAAGGAAUUUGGUUGGAUCGGUUUCUGAGACAACUUUGGUUUCAUUAGGAUUACUUCCUCGUUUGGUUCAUGUUUUGAAAUCCGGAUCAUCAGGAGCACAACAAGCAGCUGCAUCAGCAAUCUGCCGAGUUUGCAGCUCAACUGAGAUGAAGAAAUUGGUUGGCGAAGCCGGUUGCAUUCCCCUCCUUGUUAAGAUGCUUGAGGCUAAACCAAGUAGUGCUAGAGGAAUUUCUGCACAAGCAUUAGCAAGCUUGAUGACUGUGUCUUAUAAUAGAAGAGAAGUUAAGAAAGAUGAUAAAAGUGUGCCGAAUUUGGUUCAGUUGCUUGAUCCUAGUCCUCAAAACAAUGCAAAAAAAUAUGCAGUUACUUGCCUUGGAUUGAUUUCUUCAAGUAAGAAAUGUAAGAAACUAAUGAUCUCAUAUGGUGCUAUUGGAUAUUUGAAGAAACUUACUGAGAUGGAUAUUCCAGGAGCUCAAAAGUUACAUGAGAGAUUGGAAAGAGGGAAAUUGAGAAGUUUGUUUGGCAAGAAAUAGUGUAAAAAAGUGUUGCAUCUUUUUUUUGGUAUCAUGAUGCAAAAUAGCCAAGACUGUAUAAAGUGGAAUGCACAAGAUUGCUAAUCCAUGUACUGUAAUCAAUGUAACAUUAUUAUAUAUAAAUAUUUAAACUUUGUUUA